UACCUGUCCUUAUAGUUAAUAGCCUCUAAUCUAGGUCGAAAUCUGAUAAAUCUCUUCUGUAGCCUCCACAUCCUUCCUGUAAUGGGGCAAUCAGAACUACAUGCAAUACUCCAAAUGAGGCCUAACCAAAAUAGAGCUGCAACUUGUCUUCCUGACUCUUAUAUUCAAUGCCCCCCGACCUAUGAAGGUAACCACACCUUAUGCCCUUUUUACCGCUCUGUAUACUCAGAGCCGCUUUCUUCCCAGCUGUUAUCAGGCAACUGAAUCAUCCUACCACAACCAGAAAGCAGUGCUGAACUACUAUCUACCUCUUUGGUGACCCUCAAACUAUCCUUGAUCGGUCUUUGCUGGAUUUACAUUGCACUAAACGUUAUUCCCUUAUCAUGUGUAUAUACACUGUAAAUAGAUCAAUUGUAAUCAUGUAUUGUCUUUCUGCUGACUGGUUAGCAUGUAACAAAAGCUUUUCACUGUACCUCGUUACACGUGUCAAGAAACUAAACUGAAACUGAAUACUUGUCUUGCCACUUUCAGGACACGGUGCUAUGAUGUUUUUUCUGCUCUUAUUUAGACCCUUGGAGUGAACCAGCGGAAUGUUAAUACGGUAGAGAGGUACACUUGUGUCUGCAAGGUGCAUGAGAACAGUCCGUCUUGCUGUGCAGGGUUGAAGCCUGGUAUGUAUUCGCUUCCUCUCCUGGUUGGUUUGGUUUUGCCUCUCUCACAUGUCCGCAAUAAUCACAAGAAGCACAUUAAACAGUUUCCUCAAUGCUUCAAUGGUGCAUUAUUGUCACGUGCAAAUGCACGGUGGAGUUCUUUUCUUGCAUACAGCCCAGUACAGUAUUCCCAUACAGAUCUCCAGAUUAGCAAAGUGUUCACAAAAUAGUCUACUGAGCCCAAGUCCCGUCCACACUCUAGUUCUUAUGAGCAGUGCCCGAACCAGGCGAGCUCCAGGCUGCUACAGGGCCUUCAGCCAUCGCCUUCCUUGGACUUGUGGAUCGAUUAGCAAACGCACGUCCCUCUCCUCGCCCAUCCCGUGUUUGUGCCCCAGGGGGGUGCCUCGUACAGCCGACCUCAAAGGCGCAGUAGACCAGUCCCCUGUCCCUCAUCUACCAGCCUUCUCCUUGUCCAUCACGUCUGUCGUCGUCCGGGGCCGGCUCAGCGGCUUCCUGCCAACAGGCCGCACGCGGCACACGGGGACCUUCUACCGCUGCAAACUGGACAGCAACUCACUUUAUUUUUCAAUCAUAGGUGAUAUACUGAUUAACAUCAAUGGAACAAGCACCGAAGGCUGUAGUCAUCGUGAAAUCGUUAACCUAAUUAAGUCAGCUGGCAAUAUUUUAAGCCUUCUGACCAUGAACAAAAACUCUGUAAAAAAAAGUGAACUUGAAACAAGACUGUACUUUUUAAAGAAAACUCUUCAAGAGAAAUGGGUGGAGUACAAAUCGCUUUUAUUGCAGGAACAACGCCUUGUUCAUGGAUUCCUGAGGAACAAUAAUCUCACAGAGUCUUCCAACUCUUUUCUGUUUGAUGAUACGGUUUUAUUUGGGUCAACGGCACAAAAGAAGGAGAGGUUCUCCAGUGACAGUAGCUGUCGGAGUCAGCUGAGCUUCAUGACUGAUGACAGUGAGGAUCGAGUUUUCCAGCCCGGCAUGCAUGAUGACUUGGUCACUGGGAACCACCGCAGGCGCAGCAGCAUGGACGAAGAUUGCGUCUUCCAUAGGGAGGCAGAGAUGUUUGCGCCCAAGAGCCAGCUGAGUCGGAGCCGGAGCAUCAGCAUGACGAGCAGCAGCGGCAGCAGCAGCGUGGCCUCACCGUCGUGGGACGUCAACGGAGGCUACGGGACGAUUUCUCGCAAGAGCAGGAGGCCCAGCGUCAGGAAGCGCCUCAUGAAGUUCAUUCCAGGUUUAAACAGGGCCGAUGAGGAGGAUGAGAGUCACUUGUAGACCUGCACAUUAAUCGUGCAACAGUGAUCGUGUUGGCUUCAAAGUAGCAUUAAGAAGCAAUAGGAACGAUGGCAUUAAAUAAGUUCAUGUCAUAGGAGCAGAAUUAGGCCAUUUGGCCCAUCAAGUCUGCUCCAUCGUUCAUUCAUGGCUGAUCCAUCUUUCCCUCUCAACCUCAUUCUCCUGCCUUCUCCCCGUAACGCAAUGACGCCCUUACUAAUCAAGAACCUAUCAAUCUCCGCUUUAAAAAUACCCAAUGACUUGGCCUCCACAGCCACCUGUAGAAAUGAAUUCCACAGAUCCACCUAAAGAAUAUCAGGCUAAAUAUCAGCCUCCUCAUCUCCUUUCUAAAGUUAUGUGCUUUUAUUCUGAGGCUAUGCCCUCUGGUCCUGGACUCUCCCACUAGUGGAAGCAUCCUCUCCCCAUCCACUCUACCAAGCUUUUCACUAUUUGGUAAGUUUCAAUAAGGUCCCCCCUUAUCCUUCUAAACUCUAAAUCAUUGCACUAUUUCACAUAGGAUCUAGAUUUCAUCUGGACAUCAAACUAGAUUUUAUCUAAACAUUACGACUCGAAACGUCAUCCAUGAAAUAUAAAUGAUAAGAAACUGCAGAUGCUGAUUAACUAAAAAAGACACAUAGUGCAGGGGGAACUCAGCGGGUCAGGCAGCAUUUCUGGAGAACAUGGGUAGAUGAUGUAAAAGUGGCGUAAUAGGUGAGGUCAGUCUGAACAAGGGCCCCGACCUAAAACAUCACCUAUCCAUGUUCUCCAGAGAUGCUGCCUGACCCGCGGAGUUACUCCAGCACUUUGUGUCUUUUUAUUGUCAACCGGCAUCUGUAGUUCCUUGUGUUGACCCCUUCCCCAACAGCAUUUCUUCACCUCUUGUUUUAUUUGUUUCCAUGAGGUGAUAUGUGAAUAAAUCUUAUUGUAAAGCCAAGUUGUACAUAAGACAGGUAACUCGGCUUGACUUGAAAUGGCCUUGGUGCGUUUUUUUAAGACAGUUUGGUAUACCUGCCCCUCUAUAAAGGUAAAACGUUGUUAUUUCAUUUUAUGACUCCAUAACACGAUGUUAAUUAAUUAUAUGUACCAGUACCCUUUUGUCUACAAACAAUAAGCACUGAACAAGCCUUACCGUAAAUAUACUGUUGAGCAUCAUUUAUAUGUAAUUAUCUUUAAAAUGUUUUGUCUCAUUGUCAAACGUAUACAAUAAAGAGCAAGGUUAACAUGAGCAAUUUGCAAAUAUCCCUUUUCAAAUAACAAUCAGUUUUAUGUUCAUAAGUUAUAGGAGCAUAAUUAGGACAUUUGGCUCAUGAAGUCUACUCUGCCAUUCAAUCAUGGCUGAUCUAUGCUUCCCUCUCAACCCCAUUUUCCUGCGUUCUCCUCAUAACCCCUAAUACCCGUAAUCAAGAAUCUGCCAAAUUGCCCCUUAAAAAUACCCAAUGACUUGGCCGCCACAGCCAUCUGUGGUAAUGAAUUCCACCGAUUCACCACACUCCUUU